AUGGCAUUAACAAUGAGAACAGGAGAACCAACUCCCCGACGAUCUUUAGCUGCUCGACGUCGUACAACAAAACUUUUUACAUUAGAUGAUAAUAAUGAAAAAGAAAAUUCUCUUAAUGAAAGUCUUACAGGACGACGACAAUCACGUUUAUUUAAUAAUUCAAUUAAUGGUGAAAAUUUUAGUGAUGAACCAAUUCAAACACCAACACAAUUAGUUGAUUUAUAUCAAAAAACACUUGAAUUAGCUACACAAGGAAAGAUUAAUAUUAAAAAUGCAUUUAGUAUUCCACUUGUUGAACGUUUACCACAAGUUUUAAAUGUUAUUGCAUUCGAUGAUAAAGAUAAUCAUAAUCUAGGACCAAAUUUUGUUAAAGCUGGUUCAGUUAUCGAUACUAGUGCUAAAAUCUAUGGUUUUCGUGUUGAUGCAUUACAAAUAGAAACACAAAAAUUAAGUGGAAAUAUUCUGAAUACUGAAGAAGAACAACAAUCAAAUGACGAUGGAAAUAAAGAAGAAAAUCGAUUAGAAGGUGAUAAUGAAAACAUUGAUUCUGAACAAAAUGAAUCAAAAAAACCAACACGUCGUGUUAAAGCAAAAGCAACAUCAUUUGUUGUUAAUGAUUUAACUAAAAUAACACUUGAACAUGAAUUUGAAUUUCGUCCAUUACAACCACCAAAUAUGUGUCAAUGGCGUGGUGGAAUUGGAAAAGAUUCAAUAUAUGCUGAAAUGGUUUCAAGUACAAUGUAUUCAUCAAGUGAUUAUCCAUUGAUUGAUGGUUUUACAAAUGCAAAUAGUCAAUUAGAUGAACAACAAAUUAAAAUUGAUAAUAUUCUUAAUCAUACAAUAACAAAAAUAAUUGAUUUAACAUCAUUAUGUGAUGUUAUUAAAAAUAAUGAAACACAUGAUCAUAUUCUUGGUAAUCAAGCAUUACGUGAUUUUUCAUUUAAUGAAAUUCCAAGUGAUUCAUUUAUUAAUACAAUUCAUGAAAGUUGUCUUGCACAAGUUGAUGAAAGUAUUAAUAGAUCUGAUAUAAAUAAUGAUGAUAUCGAUAAUGAUGAUGGUUAUAAUCAUGAUGAAUUAAUUCAUGCUGCUAUUGAAGAUCUUAAUGAUGAUCCAUCACAUACAAAUGAAAUUUUUAAAAAUGCAUUAAAUGAAUUAAGUAAUCAAGAUCCAUCAAGUAUGCAUUCAAAUUUAGGAAAUUAUCAAUCACAACAAUCAGCAAAUGUAAGUUAA